AUGGCAGUGGUAUCCGUGUCGGAUGCAACGCUGCAUCCGGCCAUGUGUCGGCUGUGCUUGCUGGCCGGACCCGACACUGCCACGGUGUCCAUUUUCAGCGUCGCCAAUGGGUGCAUCAUAGCGGAAAUGGCACGCCAUUGUCUGGGCAUCGACAUCGCCAAGGACGACUCACCGUACGAGAACGUCUGUUCACCGUGCAUCGUGUCCCUUGUGUCGAUGUACGAACUGUACCAAAAGUAUCGCGAGUGUAACCGGGUCUUUCUGCAAAUGGUGUCCCAAUCCGUUGAUGGCUCUGUGACGUCUAGCCCCGUGACCGUUUGCUUGGAAGAUAUAAUAGAGGAAGACUACAGUAUUGACGACGAGGGCGACAGUCCAAUCGAUGGCCACGACCUUGUUACGGCGACCAGCGAAGGAGAUGCUACCACACCCGGUAACGGUAACGUUGGACACGGGUUUGACGAUUCCGUAUACUAUAUGCAAGAUUUCGGCGUAUACGUGCGAUCGGGAGGCGAUAUGGAUGGGCUAGUACCCGGUCAGCACACCACCGAAGAAACGGAGUGGACCAACGCGGCCGAACAAUCGAACGGAACGCUAAUGGAGGAGCUUAACGCCCAGGUUGCUCGAUUGGAUGGGCAGGAAAUGACUACCGCAAGCCCAAAACCGGUGGACAUUCUUUUAGAUGUACAGCAACCACCCGUAACCAUGGAAACGGUUGAGAUGCCGACCGAUCGGGAGUGUGAAAUGGAAUCGCUUCCGAGCGCACAAACGUCGUCCGAGGAGCCAGCUUCGAACCACGAGGAACAACACUAUCAGGACCCGAAGCACCAUUGCUUCAUCUGUGAAACUAGCUUCCCGAACGAUAUAGAUCUCGUGAACCACUUUCCGGCCCACUUCCUGGACGUGCCACAGGAUUGCACACUCUGUGGCACUCACUAUCGCACGGUGAUGAACUUCAAUCGCCACUUGGCCUACCACCAGCCUGGGCGACCGUACAAAUGUGAUAGCUGCGAGAGACGUUUCAACGACCGUCAAGCCUUUCAGCGACACACGACCGAGUUUCACCGUCAGCCCCAAGGGGUUCCGCUUGCCAGCGAGACCGACCAGCACGUGCUGGUGUGCGACGUCUGUGGCAAAAUGUACGUUCUUGCGGAGCCCUACGAACAACACGUGCGGCAACAUGAGCGAGGUCUGCAGCAGUACCACUGUAAGCUGUGCCAACGAUCGUUUCCACGCAAUAUCUAUCUACUGUUUCACCUCGAAACACAUGCCAAACAGCGGCCCCAUCGAUGCCGCUACUGUUCGAUACCUUUCGCUUCGCUGUACCUGAAAAAUUUCCACGAAAAGCGCCACCCCGGCGAAGGCAUCUCACUGUCGCUGCCGUCGUCGGUUGGCGCGGACCGAGAACCGACGUCACGCCGUUGUCCGCUCUGUUUGACGAUGUGCCGGUCGAAGCAGAGGCUGCUGGCACACAUCGAAGCAUUCCACCCCGCGGACACGCGCAUCCAACUGCUGCAGUGUUCGUUCAACGAGUGUCGCCUUAAGUUUCUCGAUCUCGGCGAGUUUCAGAGUCACAUCACGGACCACCGGGUCGGCGAACGGUUUCCCUGCACGCAGUGUGUGCGCGUUUUCAAACGGCAACGGCUUCUCGCCGCCCAUCUGCGCACGGUGCAUGGGAUGGUAGCGCCACGAUCACGCGAUGCCCUGCGGUGUGCCGUUUGUUCGAAAAACUUUCGAACUGAACGAACGCAUCGGCUGCAUUUGGAGACGGUACAUCAGCCAUCGAAGGAGCCACCGAAAGACGACUAAGCAGAGAGAUGAGAGAGGAUGAAAGGUCUGACCCUGGAUGGUCAGCAGACUUGCCCGCAUGAUUUCAUCAUUGAGCCCCUCAAACGGUUUUCCGGUUUGAUUGAAUGUGAUGAUCGGUAGUCAUUCCAAGCGAUC